UUUUCUCCAUUUUUUAUCUUUUCGUUCUUUUUGUGCUUGCAUGCUCAUUUAAAUCUAUUUCAGAGACCGGGAUAAAACGGGUAAGACACUCAACACCAAGAUGCCAUCAGCACCAGCACACACUGCCGAGGAGGCUCGUCUUCUGGGAACCAUGCCUGUUGAUCCCAUGGAUGACAUUGAGCUGCGCUCAGUUCAACUACAAUUCCCACAUGCCCGUGGGUCCAUCAUUGACUCUUGUGAUCAGAGACGUGUUGCCACGGACAAGGGUGAAAUUUUAGUAGCCAUACAAGGUGAUACAUCGAAACCAGCUAUUUUAACUUAUCAUGAUUUGGGUUUGAACUAUGCCACCAGUUUUGCUGGAUUCUUCAAUUACCCCUUGAUGCGUGGUCUAUUGGAAAACUUCUGUGUUUAUCAUGUUACUGCACCGGGUCAAGAGGAGGGUGCACCAACUUUGCCUGAAGAUUACAUCUAUCCAACCAUGGAUGAAUUAGCCAAUCAAUUGUUAUUUGUUUUAUCCCAGUUUGGCUUGAAAUCUGUCAUCGGUUUUGGCAUUGGCGCUGGCGCUAAUAUUUUGUGUCGUUUUGCCUUGGCACAUCCCGAUAAAGUUGGUGCAAUGUGUCUUAUCAAUUGUGUAUCAACUCAAUCCGGUUGGAUCGAAUGGGGCUAUCAGAGUUUUAAUGCACGUUUUCUACGCACCAAAGGUAUGACACAGGGUGUCAUCGAUUAUUUAAUGUGGCAUCAUUUCGGACGCAAUCCGGAGGAACGUAAUCAUGAUUUGGUACAAAUGUAUAAGCAACACUUUGAACGUGGUGUAAAUCCCACCAAUUUGGCUAUGCUUAUCAAUUCGUAUAUACAUCGUAAUGAUUUGAAUAUUGCUCGUACACCAACCGGUACCACAACAACAGAAACAUCGGCCACCACAUUGAAAAUGCCUAUUAUGAAUAUAACAGGAGCAUUGUCGCCACAUGUCGAUGAUACCGUAACAUUCAAUGGCCGUUUGGAUCCCACUAACUCGACUUGGAUGAAGAUUUCGGAUUGCGCCAUGGUCUUGGAGGAACAACCAGCAAAAUUGGCCGAAGCCUUUAGGCUUUUCUUACAAGGCGAAGGCUACGCUGUCGGUAAACUGCAAAAGCUGGGACGAAAAAUGUCAACGGUAAGCCAGAGUAAUUCAACACAUGUCGAAUUGAGCGUGCAGUAGAACACAAAGAAGUGUGAAGUGAAAGACCACCACCACCUGAA